AUGUGUAGUAGCAUGACGCCGUGGAAGGGGCGGCUCCGCUCGCACCACGUGACCCCUCUCAGCUCCCGCACACCGCGGAUCCCUUCCCGACCAUCCAGGACCCGGAACGAGGAUGCCCGGAGGUUCAAGACCCCGGCGACGGCGAGGUUCAAGACCCCGGCGACGGCGAGACGCCGCGACGAGGGCGACGGAACUCUGCGCCGGUCUCUGAGGGUUCUCGCGCGCCGGUUCGGCGGCCACGAUGCGGAGCGCCCGAUUGUGCUCGACGAGGAGGACGAGGAAUGCGAAGUCAGGGGUAACCAAUCAGCGAUGACGCAUGUUCGGAGAUCUGCGCGGUUCCAGCAAGGUGAUAAGAGUCUGAGUAAGCCACCAGUGGAGAAGGAAAGUCGCUGGAAACGGCCGCCGCGGAUACCGAAUCGCCGGGACAUUGCCCAUAGCAGGGAGACUCAAAAUGCUGUGAAGAGCGGCAAGACGCGAGAGAAUCCGACAAGGAAUUCCCAAGAUCUUCCUGCCAGGAGAAAGACUGCACGUGCAUCUUGCAAGAAGAGCGAGAGGCAAGAGACAAAGCCCAGUUGUUGCGAGGAGCCAACAAGGAAGAGGACGAGAGGCUCGGAGAGAAAGCCGAAAUCAGGGAAGCAAAGUCACCCAUCUGGUUGUCCACAAAUUGCGCCUAUCACUAAACCCAGAAACAUCAUCCACAAGAAGGGUGGAAAUGAUCCUUCUUCCAUAGCGCAGCCUAAGAUUAGUGAUGAAACGCUGAUGAACACCAAGGAAGGCAAUGAAGAGAUGUGUGGGGUUAAAGGAGGAGAACAGCAACAGCUUCGCGCCUCAGAUGAUUGGACGGAAGAGCAGGACCUGACAUUGCGCCAAGCUUACUUCACUGCUCGACCAUCCCCACAUUUCUGGAAGAAAGUUUCCAAAUUGGUGCCAGGAAAAUCUGCCCAAGAGUGCUUCAAUAGAGUUCAUGCUGACCUUUCAACACCCGCUCCAAUUGCCCCUCGUCCUCGAACAAGUAAAAUACAGUUUUCUCCUCUAGGACAUUUCAAAUUGUCUGAUUCGAAAGUUCCAAAUCUCUUGGAACCUCUAGUUGGAAGACGAAAGACCGCCAAACAGAAGAGCCUAGCAGCACAGAAGACAGUGAGACAUUUGCUGAAGAAGCAUUCCCUAAUUGACCAAGCUCAAGAGGCUGAUCACUUCUCUAUAUUUGAAACUUCACCAUCUGCUUUACAAUUGAACAUUCCGCUUGAGGAUUCUCCUGGAACCCCUGACAACUGUAUAAAUUCCUUUCCCCUCGUCAAGUACAGCGCGAGUUCUUCAGCACGUAAGAGACCAUUGUCAAAGUUAAAAACUAAGCAAGCUGAAGUGAGUCCAGCAGUUCUGAAGCCUAUAAAGAAUGUAGUUUUACAUGAGAGGUACAUUAAUCAGUUGUCCCGAAGGGAGGUGGCAAAAAAACCUCGUAAGAAAGCUGCUGGCACCAAAGCAACUGAUCCUGAGAAGCCUCUUUUGGAGCAGCAAGCUGGUGUUGUGAAGGCUGCGAAGAAUGCUCUUAUGUCAGAAGCAACAGACUUCAUAUGCCAGUUUAAGAAGUUACAAGCCAACUCCCUUGCACAUGUUCUGGAAAACAGUGAAGACGAUGUGGAUAAUUCUGUGUAGUGCCAUAGUGGUUCCAAGAUGCUUUUAGCGUAUAUGCUCUCCCCUCAAUUUUAAAGCAGCCGGACAGCAUGUUGUUAGCUAACUAUAGUUAGUAGAGUAGGACUGUAAAGAGACUGAUGAUAAGUCAUGGAAGUUAUCGUUCAGUA